UUCGUCACUGUUCCCAGAAUCCCCUGUCUUCACUCGCUUUAUUCUGCUUGCAGCAGGCAGUGUUCGUAAUAAACAUGGCGACGGCCGCAGCUGCUGGCGUGGGAGAACUGCAGAAAGAGCUGAUUUGUCCAAUUUGCUUGGAUUUUUUCGACGAUCCAGUUAUUUUGAAAUGUGGCCACAACUUCUGUCGAGGUUGCAUUUUAAUGCACUGGGAGGAAAAUGGAGACGAUGAUAUAGGAUAUCACUGUCCAGAAUGCAGACAGGUAUUUGGCAAAAUAAGCUUCACUACGAAUUACCUGGUAAAGAACUUGGUGGACAAAUUGGACGGACUGGAAUUUUUGAAGUCAGGUAAACCCGCCGCCCCAGUGAAGCCCACCAAACUGGACGGCAAGUGUGACAAACACGGCGAAGAACUAAAACUGUACUGCCACACGGACAGCAAACCCAUCUGCGUCGUGUGUCGGGAGUCGAGAGCGCACAGGCACCAUGACGUAGCUCCUUUGCCAGAGGUCAUCGAUGACAUGAAGCGCACUCGUCGUCUCUCUCAGGGGGAGCUCAGGUUGAAGCUCAUUAAGCUCACCUGGCAGAAGUCGCUGUGUGAGAGGGUGAAGUCGACGGACGAGGCGGCCAAGGCCGACACCAAGCGUAAGAAACAAGAUCUGAAAAGGAAGAUCGAGAACGACAUCGGCGCUCUGGUCCAGUUCCUCCUGGACGAGAAAGAGGACAUCCUGGCCAGCCUGGAGGCGGAGGAGGUGGCGACCGUCGCCAUGAUCGACGAGAACCUGAAGGACGUGUCCAAGGAAAUGGCCGCCGUGGACAAGGCCAUCACCGACAUCCAGAACCACCUGAGCGGGAAGUCCACCUUCGAGGCCAUUAGUCAGACCAUUGCAAGCCCGUUCCAGGUCUCCUCCCCCUUGCAGGCCACCAACUGUCCCCCAAACUGGGAGGAGUUCAACGGCCCCCUGCAGCUGAUCAUGUGGAAGAAGAUGAUGCACGUGCUGCACACGGUCCCCGCCAACCUGGCCCUGGACAUGGACACGGCGCACCCCGGCCUCCAGGUGGGCGACUUCGACACCAAGGUGGAGGAGGGCCAGGCGCGGUCGCUGGAGCCCGACCUGCCGCAGCGCUUCACCCGCUUCCUGGGCGUGCUGGCCACCGCCCAGUUCUCCAGCGGCCAGCACUACUGGGAGGUGGACGUGCGGGACAAGGGCGUGUGGUACCUGGGCGUGACCACCGAGUACAGCAACCGCAAGGGCUACGUCAACCUGUCGCCCUCGGCCGGCUACUGGAGCCUGUGCCUGCAGGACCGGCUGUACGCCAACGAGGAGGACGCCCGCCUGUCGCUGGCCGACUACUGGAACUCGCCGCGCGUGGGCGUGUACCUGGACUACGAGCGCGGCCGCGUCUCCUUCUACGACGCCGUGGCCAUGAAGCACGUCUACACCUUCGAGGCCUACUUCGACGAGCCCGUCUUCCCCUUCUUCAGUCCCGGGAAGAACGACCCGGGGAGCCGACUGCAGCUCUGCCACUACUACUGACCCCCCCGUCCCCGUCCCCAGCGCCCAGAGAAGGCCUUCACGGCGUUCCGUCGACCAUCCGGUUUCAAGCAGGGUUCUACGCUGUGCUCCAAGGUUGCGGUCGCAUUUGUAAUUCACUGGAUUUUCUACUAAUUAGUAGGACGACCUUUUUUUUUAUUUUAAACUCCCAAUGUAGCCACAUAGAAACUCAGUUUAGAUGUAAGAACCAAGUUUUGAACAGACAAUCCCACAGCUGAUUUUGGACCGACGUUGGGACUACCGAAAAAUUAUGAACUGACAAUUUAGCGAGUGCCACGUUUUUUUUGUGCCAUGUUACCUCGGGGGGUGUAGUCUGCCAUGGUUUUUAGAAAAAUUAUUUAUAAGUUUAGAUGGAUUAUGCUUUGUUUUUAAUCUGUUCUGUCUUCAGUUGGCGUGGAUUGGGGCAGACUAUUAAUGAAGCGUUCACACAAGGUUAUCACUUGAAACACAAUGGGAAGUGCAGGCACUGGUGACUUUUUGAGCGGAUUUUUUUGUUACAUUUACGCAUUGUGGCCUGUUUAGGGUAGCUGUGCUGAUUCUUCCAGGUUUAUCUUCUGGUCUGGUGGUUGGCAUGGUGAUUCUGUUCUACACAAACUAAACUUCACUGUAGAAUCUUCUCCUUGUUCAACAGUUGAACUAUUUCCCACCCACCCCCCCCCAAUACUUUGGUUAUACGUUACUUUAACAUGGAUGAAUUUUGAGGUUUCUGUAUAAGUGCUUUUUUCCUUCUUUUUUUUACCUAUUAAUUUGUUAUUUUACUUCAUGUUUUAAUAUUGGAUCAUGGACGCGUUAUUCCAGUCGAUUUUAGGGUAUAACCCAUUUGAUAAUGUAUUCAUGUUAUUUGUGUAUUAACCUUGUAUCAAAUGCAAUAGGUGAAGUUACUUUUCUGCUGUACUUUAACAUCAGUCUUUAAAAUAAAAUACGACUGUAUUUUAA